UCCCUUGUAUGUUACUCAACACUAGGAGAGUACCAACACAUGCAAAUAAAUAAAACAAAAUUUUUUCUGAAAGUCGUCAGCCCGUAAAGACGAUGACUGAAAAAUACACUUCUGAGUUAUUGGGUGUUGUUAUAGCCCAAAUAGCGCAAACUAUUGGGUAUAACAGAACCCAGAGUGUGCCGCUAGAACUGCUAGAGGACAUUUUAUUGCGUUUUAUCCAAGAACUGGCACGGGACCUACACAGCCAAGCCGAGCACGCAAAUCGCAUUGAGCCAAAUUUGAAGGAUGCAGUGCUGAGCCUAAAAAAUGUUAACAUUAACGUACCCGAGCUACUAGAUUAUAUUGGAAAUGUGGAGCCAAUACCAUUCGUUCGCGAAAUACCAGCAUAUCCAGUAAAGAGAAAUUCAAACAUGAAUUUCCUAAAGCCCGGCAGUGUAGAGACUCUCACGAGGCCCGUUCACAUAUUUGAAUACCUGCCACCGAUGUUGCCUACAGAACCAACGCCAACUGUCUCCUGUUCCAACUCUACCUCCUCAAUCAGAUGGCCAGAGAAAUCGGAGCACGAACAUCUUCAACUAUGUAAACUGGAAUCAAAUCGAGAGUUUACAACGACGAAGCUAAUUCAAGAUGUGAAGAACCACUUUCCUGCUACGGCAACUGUCGUCGGUGGAAUAUCGAAGUUGUCCACUCAAAAUUCAUCCUCUACUGACAACUUGGAUCAUAAUGGUCAUGCAAUACGAGAGAUCAGUAGCGUCGUUAUGACGACUGGAGGGUUCAUAUCGCCGGCAAUUGAGGGCAAAUUACCAGAAGCUUACGUACCAGACAUUAUUGAAAAAUUCAAAGGGCUAGACGCACCUUCUAUUCCGCAUGUGCCUAAAUUAUUGGAAAUACAAAAGGAUGCCACAAAUGAUGCCGUUGAUAUUUCAAAAAUAAAAAAAUUGGAUUCUCUAGAGCUUUUGCCAGAUAUUGCAAUGAUCGACCAAAAGUCCCCAUGUGAUGGUCCGACCAUAUCGAAUGAAAUUAAUAAAGGUAAUGAGGAAGGAAGCUCUGCUGCGACAGGAGCGACAGCGUUUGCAACACUAGCCCCGAACACAAAACUUAAGAAAAGCAAAAAGAAAAAUAUAUCUACUGGUCAGACGACAAAUGAUUCAAGUUCUGUAAAAGCUGUGGAUAAGGCUCGGCGGAAAGCUUUGAAAAUUUUUCAAAAGUUGUCAAAGAAUCAAAUUGAAGGUGGCAGCAGCGGCAGCAAUGUGAUUGACUUGAAGAAAAUGAAAAUCCUAAAUCGUGGCAUAUUAUCCGAUUUGCCAGAUGGUUCAACAGAGCGAGCGCAAUUUGAGAAAUUGAUAAAAAAGCAAACAAAACUAAGGCAGAAGCAAAUAAAAUACCAAAAGCAACAACAGCUUCAGGAGCAGCCGCAGCAGCCGCUAUGUCAAUUUCAAUCAACUUCCAAGUUCAGUAUAGAUGCAAUGAACACUAUGCCAGUGAAUCCAUUCAAUAGCGUAAAUCCUGAACCACUUGAGCAGCCCGUGAGUGAAGUGGGAUUUCUUCCUCCUGCUGCCAUGCACUUGGAAGACAAAGAAGCAUAUAACAUAGCCACAGCGCCCAACUUAGCAAUUGAAUUGAUUGACGAAAUAAAACUAGCUAACGAACCAGAUCGGAAUAAAUUGAAUAUUUUUAAGAAGAUCUCCAAGCAAAAGGCUAGCAAAUUGAAUGUUUCUUCGAAUGCAUAUGAAAAUGCCAACAAUGUAGCAUCGCCGUUAAUCAAUUUGCCAUCCGGUACAACUAUAACACCAGCACCGCCAGCCCCAAGUGUCAAUGAGAAUAUAACUAAUACUAAUUCAAAUUUGUCAUUGGGUAAUUUGACAACAUACGAUUACUUAGACACCUAUCCGCAAUUGCCUCCAGCAGCAACCAAUUUACCGAAUAAUGAUUUGAAUAAACCAAAAAAACGUGGCCGUAAACCAGGAGGCAAAAAUCAAUGCAGGCCUCAAGGACCCUCAUUAACUAACAUGUCGUCCAUACCUUCGUCUAUACAGAUACAAAAGAAAACAAAAGCCUCGAAGCUGAAUCCAGUUUAUACAUAUCAAGACGGUACUACAGUGAUGCCAACCUUGUCCACUGCUGUCCCCAUACCCCUAACAUUUCAUAUGCCUGUGAUGGAGCCCCUGAAUCUAAGUCAUGUCGAUCAAUUGAAAAGUAAUGUAAAUUUUGCGGACAAUCAGGGUGAAAACAAGGUUCAAAAACCUAAAGAAAAAAAGGAGAGAAAAAAAUCGAAAACAAAAUAUCAGGACAGCAAUAUUAUUGACAAUACGCGAGAAUUGAAUAAAAAGAUUUGUUUAAUGGAUUCAGAUAUGAAAAUGUCGAAGGACUCAACGCUUGUCAUAGGGGCGGAAUCGGAUACAAAGCUAGUUGGAAGUCUUAGCUUUGCAAGUAACUCUGGGCCAAGAACAGCAAACAAUUUUUCAAGCUCAAACAAUGAGCGAAAUAUAAUGCCAAUGCUACCCUUAUUGCACUUUCCUCCACGACCUGGCCUAAUACCAACGGGUCCAGGCUUAUUUCCACCGAAUUUAACUGGCUUUAACAAGUCGGUUGCCUGCGGCACGGCCUCUAAUUUAAUUAUGCCACAUUCGUUUAUGAACUUCUCAGCUACAGCUCCGGAUAAUAAAGCAAAUGCUCUGAGUGGAGUAAUGCCGCUGUCAGACAUUCAUGUGGAGCGCAGCUAUUGCAAUGUUGCGCCGCUGGUGCCAGACUCUAUGAAAUUGCCAACUUUGCCAGUUGAAGGCGUUAACCUUAAGUCACCCCAUCGAAUGCUAAGCAACGAAUUAGCUGAUGCAGAAGUAGCUCAUAGAUCAACUGUCGUUCAGGCUGAUAAUGAUGACACCACUAACACUAGAAAGGCACAAGCCAAAUUAUUGUCAGCUGCAACAGGCAACGUCGGUGAUCCCAUUGAGGUAUCCGAUUCGGACUCAAACGACGGCGAAUCCAAGGCUAAUAACAGUCUAUCACCUCGUCACAAAUCAAACAUAAAGCAACCGUCGAGUCUUAUGAAUCCAGGUAUUGGCAUUGAAGCAUGUCAACUAUAUGCGAUCAAUUCCAAUCCCUUGCUGCAACCACAAUUCAAUAGGCAACCUCAUACAGAAACUUUAAAAAUGCGUCAAACUGAUGAGAACUUAUUGUCCGUUGCGCCACCGCCACCACAACCAACGACAGCAACAGCAACAGCAACAGCAGCAGCAGCAGCAGAAGUAGGAGCCGCAGCAACAAAACAAACAACGGCAGCAACGACAACACCAUUUAAGAUAAACUUCAUGGGUAGCGAUAAAUUUAGCCUUGCUGGUGGCGCAGAUCUAAUACCCCUGUCGCGGAUUGACAGUGGCUUGGCAUAUUCGUCCUUGACAGUUCCAUCAACAAGUCUAGCACUUGGCGCCACUUCUGGUGCACCAACAACCACAUCCGCUGAUGCAAUAGCACCAACAACAGCAGCAGCAGCCGAACCACAUUUCCUUGGAACUCUUGGCUAUGACGAUUUAACGAUUACCCCAACCAAUAGUAUGACAAUCAGUGAACUUAAAAUUCGAAAGUUGCAUAAAAAAUUUAAAAAGCCUAAAGAGGGAAAGAUAAAAAAAAAGAAAGACAAAAAAGACAAAAUCCGCAAUAAAUGUAAGGCGGAUGAUAUGGAUGUCUUAUCUAGUGAAAAGAUAAAAAGCGAAGAGAAAAAAUUAAGAAAGGAUAAGAAACGAAAAAAACAAUUGCCAACGGAUAGAUUACAAAUAAUGAAAGAGAACCACGAAGCAGGAGAAGGAAGAGGAAGCAGUGAUAUGAAGCAAUCAAAAAAUAUUACUGUAGGUGCCGUGGGUCUUACAGUAGUUGGAGGAGACGUCGACGCUUUAGCUCCAUCGACAGUUGGUCACUCAAUACCGAUGACCCCAAAUUUGAUAGCGUCACCCAAGUUAGACCUCUCACCUAACCACGUACCAAAGUUAACACUAAAGCUUAGUGGAAGAUCAACACCCUCACAGCCCACAGUCGACGGAAUGGAUCAUGAACAUAAUGCGCUAGUAACUAAUACAACGGGACACCCUCCUCAGACGGCAAGCACAUUGACUAAAAGGGAGCAUUCGCCAGAAUUGGCUAGAUUCUCGCCACUUGUAACUCGAGCUCCGAAGCCAAAGCAAUGCGAAACGCAAAAUUUGAAUUUAUCUAUGGCCCCAUCUGCUUCUGUUUCUACGGUUAGUACCAAAACACAGGCUAUUCCACCCAUGAUGUCGCCGGCGUUGACGAUGCCACUGAUAAGUACCCAGCCGCCAGCUCUAUCUGCUCUAACUGGAGCCACAGCAAACAAUUGGACUUCAAAUGCGGCCACAUCAACAAUAUCGGCUAGUUCGGUUCUAUUACCCCAACAAUUAAUGCAGCCAACCUCAUCGUCAUCAUCGUCCUCAUUGUCAUUGUCACCUUUAAAGCAGAGCUCAAGACCUAGUGGAGCAUUGAAUGCAACGAAAGUAUCUGACGGCACGCCCACUCUAACAACGGCACAGAGUGCAGAACUAAGUCGUCCUUCGUCUUAUGUUGAUGCUGAUGGCUAUCGCAUCUGGAUUUGUCCGGCAUGUGGAAAAGUUGAUGAUGGCUCCGCCAUGAUCGGUUGCGACGGAUGCGAUGCAUGGUAUCAUUGGAUAUGCGUGGGCAUACUUGUGGCUCCAAACGAUAAUGAAGAUUGGUUUUGUCGCGUUUGCGUAUCUAAGAAAAAAGUGAGUGGCUCCGAAAAAAAGAAGAAGCGGAACAAAAAAAAGUUAACUUCUUAAAUAGCGUCAAGAGGAAAUUUAUAACUGAUUAAAUAUUAAUCAAUCUAUGUAUGUGUAUAUCCAAUUGCAAUUGUUAACUAUUAGUUAAUAAAAAAUAAAUGCUUGAUGUCAUUUUGGUCACGAUUUGUAUACACCAUAGGAAAUGCAAAACCAAUUGAAGGUAUUCAGCUGUGUAGAGUAUAGUUCUAUAGAAUUUUUGCAAUAAUGUAUGUAGUGUAUAUAAUGUACAAGUUUAUAAUAUAUAUUAUUAGAUAGAAUAGUUUUCAGUCCAGCAAAAUAUAUAUAUUUCAUAUUUCUCAAUCGCUGACGUUAAUUUAAAUUUAAUAAUAUGCAAAAACUGUUGACUAAUGGAAGUAACGAUAUAGUAGAAAUUGGAAAAGACAUCCAUGAUUAGCUCUGUAUGCCGUAAUUUGUUUUUUUUUUUUUUUCCUUUUUAGAUUUCGAUUUCACAAUUAGUAGACAUAUUUAGUUGUAUAGAAAAAUUAUACACAUUUAAUUAACUAGGGCUCGAGUUAAUCAAAGCAUAUUAAUUCGGAUUUAAUUACAUAUUAAAUGUAAUUUGGAUAUAAUGUUCCAGCUCAUUAGAUUUGAUAUAAACAA